UGUUUUGUACAGCAUAUGUUGCCAGCAUUUUAUCAGAGUUGUAGUGAAAUGAUAAGCAAAUGGGAGGAGAUUAUUCCAAAGGAAACACCAAUCGAGCUCGAUGUAUGGCCAGACCUUCAAUUAAUUACCGCUGAAGUCAUUUCUCGAACUGCAUUUGGGAGUAGCUAUGAAGAAGGGAGAAUAGUAUUUGAACUUCAGAAAGAACAAGCUGAGUAUGUAAUUGACAUAAUUCGUUCAGUUUAUAUACCAGGAACAAGGUUCUUGCCUACUAAAAGGAACAAAAGAAUGCUGGAAAUUGAAAAUAAAGUCCAAACAACGAUUAGAAGUAUCAUCGACAAAAGAUUGAGGGCAAUGGAAGCAGGGGAGGCUAGUAAAACUGACUUAUUAGGCAUAUUACUUGAAUCCAAUAUGAGAGAAAUUAAACAACACAGAAGCAAAGAUUUCGGAAUAACAACAACUGAAAUGAUUGAAGAAUGUAAGCUAUUCUAUUUUGCCGGGCAAGAGACCACUUCAGUGUUGCUCGCGUGGACAAUGAUUUUGUUGAGCCUACAUCCAGAGUGGCAAGCACGUGCCAGAGAGGAGGUGUUGCAAGUCUUCGGAAAUGAACCAAAUUCGGAAGGGCUAAGUCGCCUCAAAAUUGUGACAAUGAUCUUGCAUGAGACGUUAAGGCUAUUCCCCUCAGUACCAACGUAUCGUAGAAGGAACAAACAUGAAGUCAAACUAGGGGAGCUGAGUUUACCAGCUGGAGUGCAACUCAUUAUACCCACAAUAUUAAUUCAUUAUGACACGGAAUUAUGGGGUGAAGACGCGAAGGAAUUCAAACCAGAAAGAUUCAGUGAGGGAGUGUCAAAGGCAACAAAAGGACAGGUCUCGUUUAUUCCAUUUGGUGGGGGACCUAGAGUUUGCAUCGGACAAAACUUUGCAAUGAUGGAAGCAAAAAUGGCAAUAGCAAUGAUAUUACAAAAGUUCUCCUUCGAACUCUCUCCGUCUUGUACACAUGCUCCAAUUCUAACAAUUACUAUUCAUCCACAGUAUGGUGCUCCUCUGCUUAUGCGCAAACUUUGA